AUGUCGGCCAACCCACCCCCGCCCCCAGAACCCACCUCCACCUCCACCUCCACCGCCGCCACCGCAGCGGAACCCGACGGCCCACGCGCAACCCGCCUGCGCGCGCUGUUCGCAACCUCGCUCGAGCACUCCAUCAAGACGUGCUCCUACAGCAACUUUGCAAAGUGCUUCCCGACGCCCGCACAGAAUGCGCCGGAGAACCUGAAGCGCGCGUGGGAGGAGAUGUGCGCGUAUUUUGAGGGGCGGUCGAUGAUCGAGUGGGAAAAGAUAUUGAAGGAGCGCAAUGUCAUCGAGAGCCUGAACCAGCUGGACGUGCUGAUCCGCGAAGCCGAAGAGCGCCGGGCUGCUGCGCCGGCGGGGGAGGUGCCGAUUCCACCCUCCACACUACCGCCCGACGUGAUCAUGACCGCGCAGCUCGCGCCCGUCAUCGCCGCCGCCCAGGAAAAGGUCAAUUCGCGGAUAGCGGACGUGCAAGCACAGAACGCGGGCCUGAUUUCGGGCAUCGAGGCGCAGAGACGGGAGAUUGAGGAGCUGCUGGGGGUGCUGGGGAGGAACCUUGCUGGGCUGGAGGGCGCGGUGCAGGCCGCGAAUGAGGGGAAGGCGAUGCUGGUGAAGGAGGGGGGGGUUACUGGAUGGGAGUUAGGGUUUGUAAGAGGAGAAGGAGAGGGGGGAAGCGGUCUGUAG